AUGACCAAUCAGCAGCACAUUGGUGUUGAUUUGUCAUCAUCUUCUUCUGAACUAUUACUCUCCAGAACGAAUACUCGUUCUUUCUCGAUUCUUCAAAACACACCCACCACUUCACAGGCUCCUCUCCUCAUUGAUGAUGUGAUUGAAAUUAAAAUCAUAAAAGCAAAUUCUCUCAUGGCUGCUGAUUUAAACGGUUUUUCGGAUCCCUAUUGUGAGGUUUAUGUCCAUGAUGAUGAAUGUCAUGGUGAGGCUCUUCUCUCUUCUCAACCAUUGUUCUCUCAUUCUGAACAACCACCAACGACAAACGCUCACGAAAAAUCGGAAUCUCCUUCCUUUCAUUUCUCUUCUCGUUCUCUCCAUAUUACGAAUUCACCGAAUGAAACUUCCAAUCCAAAGACAAUAGUAUUUAAAACCAAUGUGAUUAAGAAGAAUUUAGAUCCGCAAUGGAAUGAAAGCUUUACAUUAAAUCCUCUUAAGGAUUAUACGGAACAAGUCUCUGUAAAAUUUACGGUCAUGGAUUGGGACCGAUUUUCAAAGGAUGAUUUUCUCGGAUCAGCCUCUCUUGUAAUUACAAACAAAUUUCAAGCCAAUACGGAACACGUGGUAGAUUUAAAAUUGGAAAAUAGUGAAAAUAAGGGAACACUCACAGUCUCAUUCAAGAUUCAUCGUUCACGAGAUAAUAUUAAGGUCGCCCGAUUGCGAGAUGGAAUGGUCAAUCAAGCACAACAAUUUAAGGUUUUUAACUUGUCUUCACUGUCAGCGAGUAAUGAUAGGAAUCAUGUUGUUUCAGUUCCCAUUCCAUUAUUGGAAUAUCAAAUUGUUCAGCAUGAUGGUUCGUUGUUACAGAUUGAGACAACAUUUAGUGCUCUCAACAAUGCAUCUCAGAACAUGUUACAAACUGUGCCCGAUUCAUUCACCAUUCAAUUUCAUGAUUUACAUGGAAAUUAUGAAAAUGAAAAGAAUACAUUUAUUGAGAAUGAAAUUGGAAAAUUACAAAAAGCAUCUUCCAAGUUUCAAGUCAUUGAAAAGAAUGUCGAUAUCACUUCAAGCUAUGGCAAAAUUUUUAGAACAAGUCGUAACGAGAGUGAAAUUCAAGCGGUCCAUUCUUUCAUGUAUCAAAUCAACGAUAACAUAGUACAUGUGACAUGUGUACAAUUUCAUGUGCACUAUUUGAUUACAGUUAUUUAUUCUUCACGGCAAUACGAUAUGAGUAUAGAGAGAGAUUUACAACUGCAAUACAUGCUUACGAACAUGAAUUUAAUGUAG